CUCCUGCGGGCCAAGGAAGAGCCUCGCUCCCGCGCCGCCACCUGGAGAAGUGGCGGACCACGGAAGGGAAAGUGGCCGGGCGCCGGCGGGCGCCGCGGCGCAGGGGAGCUUUUGUUUGGGGAAAGAAUGCUCGGGGCUCGCUGCGCUCGGCGGCUCACGGGCUGCGAAAUGCGAGCGUGGGCUACCCACGCGCGGGCUGCGCCCCAGGUCCGGUGCCGGGCCCAGUCUUCCCCACUCUCAAGUUGUGCGGUUGCAACAGGGAAGUGGUGUGGCCGCCAUUGUCGCAGCUGCUCCGGAAUAAGGAGGCGGCUGCGGCUGCUUAUGUAAGUUUGCUUUGGGAAAGCCUGGCUCCCUGCUCGGUGAGGGAGCCUAAGCGUUCCCGCGAUUUGGAGAACUGCUAGCAAGGAGCUGCUUUAUGGUAUUGUAGGUGUUGGACUGUGUCUUGUCCCACACCGACUUACACACGUACUGGCAAUGGCUAUCUUCCGGUUUGACUCAUUUGAACUUAGCAAUGGGAACAUCUCUAUAGGGGGAAAAAACACGAGCCGAUUGGCCCGUGACCUCCUUUGAAAAAGAAAACACACUAACCAGAAAUGAGGAGCUGCACGCUGAUAUGUUGCCAUGGCUACUGUAGGGCCACUCUUCCCCGAGUGCCAUGCCCCUUUGAUUCCACAGUUAGUGACAGCAGAAUUGUCACUAAAGAUUCUGAAGGGAGUACCCUCCCCUCAGCCCGACUGCAGGCCCAGGCUGCAUCUGGAAUACAGGAAGGCUGAGAUGAAGAAUGGAGCAUCCUUAGAAAUCCAUCUUGCCAGCCCUCACAUAGUACAGAUGAGAAAGCCUGCUAGUUCAGAGCUCUGUGGUCCCUAUUGCAGGAACUUGUUUCGGGUCCUUUGGUGGAGUCUGGCGCCGAGUCUUUGUGUAGGACUGGACAGCCACCUGCUUCUACAGACUUCUGUAUUUGUGGGAUUAGUGGUCAGUAGAGGAUGUUUUUGUUCUUUAUUGGUCUGCAGGCAGUAGCAGGAUCUCUUUAGAUGAGAGUUAAGAAUCAAAGAAAAUUCUUUGAACCUUCCUAUAGGGAGGGAUCGAGGGGAAAGUGUGGGCUUUCUCCACUGCAGUCUUUCGGACAGUUUGUCCUUGUAUGAACAAAGUAGCGUACUUACCCCUUCCCCUUAACUGCUGGGUGUGUGUCUCCUACAGCCCUUCCUAUAUUUAGACGUUUAUAGAUCCUAAAGGGAAAUGUGGAGAACUGUGUGCCCAACAGGAAAUGGUGGGCCUAAGGAACACACAAUGAGGUUUUCAGAAUCUGUGUCACCUGCCACACUUGUAGGCCUUGUGUAGAACCAGGCCUGAUUACUGCUAGCCCCCCCCCCCCCGUUUCUUCCCAGAAAAAAAUGGGUUCAUAUGCAAGAGGUGGAACAAUAUCUUACUUAGUCUUUAUGUUUUUCCGGUAGAUCUGGCUUGCCUCUGAUCAGACUUACUCUGAUCUGAAGAUUUCGGAGUUCAAGGCAUUAAGAAAAUAGCCUGAAUUGUUCAUGGAGUUUUUCAUCAGUAUGUCUGAAACCAUAAAGUAUAAUGACGACGAUCAUAAAACACUGUUUCUGAAAACGCUGAAUGAACAGCGCCUGGAAGGAGAAUUUUGUGAUAUCGCCAUCGUGGUUGAAGAUGUAAAGUUCAGAGCCCAUCGGUGUGUUCUCGCUGCCUGCAGCACCUACUUUAAGAAGCUUUUCAAGAAGCUGGAGGUGGAUAGUUCCUCGGUCAUAGAGAUAGAUUUCCUCCGCUCUGACAUAUUUGAAGAGGUCCUGAACUACAUGUACACCGCCAAGAUUUCCGUGAAAAAGGAGGAUGUUAACUUGAUGAUGUCGUCGGGUCAGAUACUGGGUAUCCGGUUCUUGGAUAAACUCUGUUCUCAGAAGCGGGACGUGUCUAGUCCUGACGAGAGUAACGGCCAGUCCAAGAGUAAGUACUGCCUCAAAUUAAACCGCCCCAUCGGAGAUGCCGCAGACGCCCAGGAUGAUGACGUGGAAGAAAUCGGGGAUCAGGAUGACAGCCCUUCCGACGACACCGUAGAAGGCACGCCCCCCAGUCAGGAGGACGGCAAGUCUCCCACCACUACUCUCAGGGUUCAGGAAGCGAUUUUGAAAGAGCUGGGGAGCGAGGAAGUUCGCAAAGUGAACUGCUACGGCCAGGAAGUCGAAUCCAUGGAGACUCCCGAGUCCAAAGAUUUGGGGUCUCAGACCCCUCAGGCCUUAACAUUUAAUGACGGGAUGGGUGAAGUGAAAGACGAACAGACCCCGGGCUGGACCACGGCCGCCAGUGACAUGAAGUUUGAGUAUUUGCUUUACGGUCACCAUCGGGAGCAGAUUGCCUGCCAAGCGUGUGGUAAGACGUUUUCUGACGAAGGCAGAUUGAGGAAGCAUGAGAAGCUCCACACCGCAGACAGGCCGUUUGUUUGUGAAAUGUGUACGAAAGGUUUCACCACCCAGGCCCACCUGAAAGAACACCUGAAAAUUCACACCGGGUAUAAGCCCUACAGCUGUGAGGUGUGUGGGAAGUCCUUCAUCCGGGCCCCGGACCUAAAGAAGCAUGAGCGGGUUCACAGCAACGAGAGGCCCUUCGCGUGUCACAUGUGUGACAAGGCCUUCAAACACAAGUCUCACCUCAAGGACCACGAGAGGAGACACAGAGGGGAGAAGCCUUUUGUGUGUGGCUCCUGCACCAAGGCGUUUGCCAAGGCCUCGGAUCUGAAGAGACAUGAGAACAAUAUGCACAGUGAGAGGAAACAGGUCACCCCCAGUGCCAUCCAGAGCGAGACAGAACAGUUGCAGGCGGCGGCCAUGGCCGCCGAGGCCGAGCAGCAGCUGGAGACAAUCGCCUGUAGCUAGAGGGGAGGAUGGGUCAGAAACACUUGGCCUGGGAGGUUGACGCCGAGGUGGCAUGGAUCAUGGUCACCGAACACCUUUGACUGCUUUUGUGGCCACUUAAAAGUGUUGUGCUGGCUGGACCCAAGGCAGUGCUCACUCCAGUUAGGUGAUUUUCAAAUUUCUCAAGGCAGUUAACGUUCCUACGUCCUGACCAAACAGUUUUUU